AAUACACUGAAUAACAGGAAUGCUCAACCAUCAAACGUUCGUGGAAGAGAAAUCGCAUCAAUUCGUCAACGAAGAGAGAAAGUCAAGAGCACCCGACAUCCAUCGUGAGUUCCAUUCAGUUAUGAGUUAUGACUUGAUAAGGGGAGGAAAUCUGUUAAAAUAUGACCAUCGAGUGGCGCCUCGAUGGGGUACCGUUCUUGAACAGUUAUCUCAAUAUAAGAUCUGGUAGUUAAUUGGACACCCAUUCAGUUCUAUUUUCGUCCUCCAUAAGUUCGGUUCACUCAAAAAUUGGUCUCUAUCUCUCGGUUUUGUGAAGUGCCGUUCAUUAGUGGAAGCUUCGCGGGUGCAUUGUAUAAAAAAAAAUGUUCACAAAUUGGUUAACGAGUCCUACCUCGGCCGCUAUUACCGCUCCGCCUAACCUCAUUACUACACCGCCUGAUGUGAUCCUUGAGGUAGGACCCUCGCAUAGUACUCGUUUUAUGGCGCAUAGUGUCUUGCUCGCAAUGCAUAGUGGAUACUUACGUUCAGCAAUGCGCUUAGAUGAAAAUGGUGUCCCUAAUCCAGAAUUACCCAUCUUCUUGGCAAAUGUAACUCCUGAACAGUUCGCUCCGCUUUUUACUUAUAUGUAUACUGGAUAUUUGGAUUUAAAUAUUGAAAACAUUUUCGGAGUACUUUUGGCGACACAUGUCCUUCAUAUGCCGCGCGCUUUAGAAAUUUGCAGGGCAUUUCUAUCCCGAACCCAAUCAGAAGGAUAUUUAGCCAAUGGAUUUCUUGCUCAUAUUACGGAGACUGCAACGUGCAAUAAAAAUCCCAGUUCCAGUCCAGUCAAAGUGAUUCGUCCAAUAGCCAGUAAACCUGCCAUAUCCAAUUUAGGAUUUAUCGUCCCUCCUAUGCCACAUAUCUCCCUUCCUAGUACCGACACACCAUUCCGUUCAUUUAGCACCCAACACAACUAUCAAAACUCAUCAACACCCACUCCUAAAAAUCCCAACAACGAGAGAAAGAACUCCUCAUCUCCCAUUGCCACCAACUCUAAACUAGCCUCGUCCACAAAAGACACAACUUCCACAAAACGGGGCUCCAAAAACAAAACCCUAAUAGUAGCUGAGAAACCAAAAAAACUUACUGAAUCCGAUAAAACUAUUGUAGUGCGAAAAGAAAGUGAAAGUGAAAAUAAGACAAUUAUCGAUGUAGCAAGUUGUGAUGGUCCUGUGAGGUUUCAACGAGUUCUCAAUGACGCUUACGGACAAGUGGUAUCACCCGAGAACUCUGUAACCGGCCCACAACGAACUCACAAAAGUGUUUCAAUAUCUUUUCAUCAACAAAUGGCUAAGAACAUACGGCAGCAACAGUCGAACGAAGCAGAAAAUUCCGAUUCCAAAGGACAUAAACCAUCCUCGAGCGAAGUUUUUAAUUGUGUCUACUGUAAACACACCUUCAAGUCACAAUACUGUUAUCAAAAACAUGCUAGGCGACAUCUCAAUCCGCUUUCACUCGAUAUUGCUCUCCACGAGACUGCAACUAAGGACGAGAAAGUUGCUGUUAAUCCGAAGGACAUGAAACGCGAGGUGAGACCAUUAGAUAUGAAUGUGCAGUACUAUCCGUGCAAGACGUGUGGAAGUAAAUUUCCCAGUUACUAUUUCGUUCACAAGCAUCGUAAGAUGUGUCACGCUAAUGAGGAGAGUAAUCAAUAAAGACGUGUUUGAUUUUGCUAUUAAACAAGUCCUUGACAUAUCCAAAUUGGACACAUCAUUGAAAUAUCCAAAGAACAUAUUAGUACAUAGUUUAUUGUGAUUGUGUUAAAUGCAUUGGGAUCUCGAAAACCAGAAAAUUAUUGGACUCAAUUGUGAAUAAUUGUGCUCAAGUUAGAAGCUAAAUUCUGAAAAGUAUUAAUAAUUUUUAAGAUAAUAACAAAUGAAAAUAAAUAGAAGAAUAAAAUAAACAAAAAUAUCUAAGAAAUUGUGUUCGUUUGUAAUUC